GCAGCAACCAGACUUUAAAUUUCUGUGAUCCUCUGGUGUUUGAUGUUUUAUUUCUUUCUUUCUUUCUUUUUUAUCUGAUUGACUCCUCGGAACUGUACAGGUCUAUAUCUACUAAGGAUUUUUUUUUUACACUGCAACAUGGAGACCACCACUGGGGAAUAUAAUGACAAUUAUGAUUAUUAUGAAGAUAAUGAAACUGCUUGUGACUUUUCAGAGUGGGAGCCCUCUUAUUCCCUCAUACCAGUCCUUUACAUGCUCAUCUUCAUCCUGGGUUUAUCAGGUAAUGGAGUGGUCAUCUUCACAGUAUGGAGAUCCAAAUCUAAACGUCGAGCUGCAGAUGUCUACAUAGGGAACCUGGCCCUUGCUGACCUCACCUUUGUUGUGACCCUACCACUCUGGGCUGUGUACACAGCUCUAGGCUACCACUGGCCGUUUGGCGUGGCUCUCUGCAAGAUAAGUAGUUAUGUUGUUCUGGUCAACAUGUAUGCCAGUGUUUUCUGCCUCACCUGCCUGAGCUUUGACCGCUACCUGGCCAUUGUGCACUCCCUGUCCAGCAGCAGGCUUCGCUCACGAGGCACCAUGCUGGCAUCCCUGGGUGCCAUUUGGCUCCUGUCGUGCCUCCUGGCUGUGCCCACACUGCUCUUUCGCACUACAGUAAAUGAGCCAAACAGCAACCGGACCACAUGCGCCAUGGACUUCAGCUUAGUGACCAUUAACCAGAGGCAUGACUAUCUGUGGAUUGCUGGACUCAGCCUGUCCUCCUCUGCCUUGGGUUUUCUCCUACCUUUCUUGGCCAUGACCAUCUUCUACUGCUUCAUCGGCUGCACUGUCACCCGCCACUUUAACAACCUGCGCAAGGAGGACCAGAAGAAAAAGCGCCUGCUGAAGAUCAUCACCACACUGGUGGUGGUGUUUGCCAUCUGCUGGACUCCAUUUCACGUGUUGAAGAGCAUGGACGCCCUCUCUUACCUGAACCUUGCCCCAAGCUCCUGCGGCUUCCUGCGUUUCCUGCUCCUGGCUCAUCCUUAUGCUACUUGCUUGGCCUAUGUCAACAGCUGUCUGAACCCGUUUCUGUAUGCCUUCUUUGAUCUGCGCUUUCGUUCCCAGUGCCUGUGCCUGCUCAACCUGAAGAAGGCUAUGCAUGGCCAGAUGAGCUCCAUGUCAUCUACUCUCAGUGCACAGACUCAGAAGUCAGAGGUUCAGUCUCUGGCCACAAAGGUGUAGAGAGCAAACAAAAAAGAAAUAAAAAAAAAGUGAAGCAGGGCUGCAGGACAAUCCCAGCUCCAAGCACUGGAACACUUGUAAAAAUACAGACUUUAUGUGUCCGUUGUUCAAAGCUGGUAAGAUGUGAUCAUGAACUUUGAACCAUCACUGCCAACAGCCAACAAUCCCAUUGUAUAUCCUAUAUUCUACAGCAAAAGGGUAAAUGCUCUGUAUGUUGCAUGGACUCGGGAAGCUGGAGCCAGCUGGCUGAGCUCUUUUGCUGCUUUGGUCCUCAAAUUCUCAGAGAAAAAGUCUAUUUUUUUUUUUUUUUUUUUUGUCUCCACAGGAGCUUUCAUUUAUGUCACGAAAAAUAGCAGAUUUAUGAAUUGUGAACUGAACUGCAUGUACAUUUUUUACACUGGAUGAAGCAUAAAACUAUACAAUAUUUUCAUACCAUUUUUGUUGAGAUGUGUUGCUGUUUUGUUUUAAAAGCACUUGUUAAAGAAAUGUGUGAGCAGGGAAAUCAAAUGGAGCCGUGUCCCCUUGAAAGCCUGAUGUUUGUGAAGGCUGAAGUUUGGGCUGCAGGAGGGAGGAAGGGAGGUGUAAGAGGAGAAAAGGUGUUGCGGCUUAAUUAUAUAGUUUGUGGGGAAGAGUCGGGUGCAGACAGGCAGAUGGCAGUUGACAAAUGUUGAGGAGCAGCAACAGGGUGGGGCGGGAUGGAGGGGCUUUGCGGUGUAGCCGCAGCACUAAAAAGGGGGACAAAGGAACUUUAUAGAUGUUCCAAACUGAUGUAUAUGUUUUAUGUUUUUGGCAUCACUGUAACUAACUACUGUAUUAAAGAUGUGUGCUAUAAACAGA